CGUGCUGAGCUGGAAAAUGGCUGUGUGUUGGAGCAGGGAGUUAUGAACGGGAAAAGAAAGAAAGAGCGAAAAGAAAGACGCGGAAUUAAGAAGUGAACUAAAGGCUUGCUGGAAGUUUAGAGCUCACAGAGAAGCCGUCGUCUGCAGACAAGCCACCACUCGGAAUCUUGUGUGCGACUUUUGCUCCGAACCCAAAAGUGCGAAGAGUCAAGAAAUAUCCGCGGGCGGUCAUUAUUCCUGCCCCAAACAUGUGGGAUAUCUGAAAGAGCCAGAGAGGAUUAGAGACCUUCCCACCCUGGCACUCGUCCGCCAAUCGGGCCACUUGAUUUAACCGCGGAGAGCCAACGACACGGGGCCUGUCACUGGGAAAACCCUUUUCCAGGCUGUUCCAGUAGCACCCAGCCAGCAGGUUUUUGCUGCUUGAAAAAGCAUGUUGCCAACGAUCUCCCUCUGUUCCAUCAUCUGGCUCAACCGGGGUAUCAAGCUGAGGAAAGUGCACCAGUCCACCAACACCGGUCAGGUGUAAAGCUGCUGCCACUGCAGACACAAAAGCAGCAGAGCUCCUCGUUAUUAACUUUUAAAAAUGCUGCUGAGCUUCGGCUGACUUCCCCUCCUUUCAUCCCCCCCGACCCCCUAAGCCACUGUACCAACACCAGACUCGAGUAACUCAGCCACAAUUUUGGUUUCAGAGGUGGAUUUCUGUCUAGCCUAACCCUGUUGUUACAGCGGGACUCAGGCCGAUCCUAAAUCCUCGAAGCGGUGGCCAUUUUACUUUUUGCCUCUGUCACAAAAUGGCGGCGGAAGGUUUCCAGUACCGUGCCCUCUACACGUUCACCAAGGACCAGGACGAGGACUUGGAUCUGCAGCCUGGAGACCUUCUUACAGUCAGCAAGGCCUCUCUGAUGUCCAUGGAGAACUACCAAGAGGGCUGCGUGGAGCACCCCGAGCGUCUGGGCUGGCUCCUCGGGUACAACGAGCGCACUAAGCAGAGAGGCGACUUCCCAGGGACGUAUGUUGAGUAUGUGGGCCCCAUCAAGAUGGCACUCCCAUCGAGUCAGCCAAGGUCCCAGCGACCCCUGCCUGCAGCUCCCAAACCAGAGUCAACUCAAGCUGUUCCUGUGCCGGACCUGAGCGAGCAGUUCACACCACCAGAGACGGCUCCCCCGGCCCUCGUCGGCCUCAUACAAGCCAUAGAAAAGAGAGGUCUGGAUUGCAAGACGUUGUACAGGACACCUAGCUCCUCAGGUUCAGAUAGUCCGGUGUACAGCCUGUGCUCUGAGAGUGACGUGGUUCAGAGGGAUCUAGGUUUCCUGUCUGAGAGCGUCCUGCAGUACCUGAGAGACCUUCCAUCACCUGUCAUCCCUGCCUGUAUCUACCCUCACCUACAAACUGCUCUCAUGCAGCAGCAUGUCCUACAGCAGUCAGCAGAUGGUGCGGUAGCUGGAAGCCACAACAGAGAAGUCAGCCUGGUGCUUGAGAACUCGACCACCGUCCCUCUCCAUCACCGUCUCACCCUGCAGUACCUCCUCACACACCUGGCUAAGGUCACUCAGGCACAGGCCAGCAAUGGCCUGGAUACAAACACGCUGGGAAAGAUCUUUGGCCCCCUGCUUAUCUGGACCGGCCCCUCCACUGCUUGGUUUCCAAUGGAUGAUGAGUUCCCCACCUUGGUGGUGGAGAAACUGCUGAUAGAGAGAACUACAGGUCAAGACCUCACUCCUCCAGUUCUCCCAGCGAAGCCUGUGAAGUCAAAAAUGACACCAUCAGCCAUGACAGACACGAGCAGCCUGCUGAAUGAUGCAGAGUGGUACUGGGGCGAAAUAUCCAGAGAGGAGGUGAAUGAGAAAAUGCGAGACACUCCAGACGGCACCUUUCUGGUCCGAGAUGCUUCAAGUAAAUUGGAGGGCGAGUACACUCUUACACUCAGGAAGGGGGGGAACAACAAGCUUAUAAAGAUUUAUCACAGAGACGCGCGGUAUGGUUUCUCAGAGCCUCUGACCUUCCUGUCUGUAGUGGAGCUCAUCAAUCACUACCGCCACGAGUCACUGGCCCAGUACAACGGCAAGUUGGACACAAAGCUUCUGUAUCCCAUCUCCAAAUACCAGCAGCUGGUGAAGGAGAACAGCAUAGAGGAGGUGGGAGAGCAACUGAAGAUCUAUCAUGAGCAGUACCAGGAGAAGAGUCGCGAGUACGACUCUCUGUACGAGGAGUACACACAUACCUCGCAGGAGCUGCAGAUGAAACGCACAGCCAUUGAAGCCUUCAACGAGACCAUCAAGAUCUUCGAAGAGCAGUUUGAGACUCAGGAGCGGUACAGCAAAGAGUCUUUGGAGAGAUUCCAGCGUGAGGGCAACGAAAAGGAAAUACAGAAAAUCCAGAGCAACUCGGAGCGUUUGCAGUCUCGUGUGAAGGAGAUCCACGACAGCAAGUGUAAGCUGGAGCAGGACCUGAGAGAGCAGGUGUCUGAUAACAGAGAGAUUGACAAGAAGAUGAACAGCCUCAAGCCAGAUCUCAUGCAGCUUCGCAAGAUCAGGGACCAGUACUUAAUAUGGUUGACGCAGAAGGGGACGAGGCAGAAGAAGAUCAACGAAUGGCUGGGUAUAAAGAACGAUGCUGAUGACUCUUUCUCACUGGAAGAAGAUGAGGGCUCACCCCACCAUGACGAGUGUACCUGGUACGUGGGCGACAUCAAGCGCACCCAGGCUGAAGAAAUGCUGAGAGGCAAAUGCGAUGGAACCUUUCUCAUCCGUGAGAGCCAGUCACAGAAGGGCUCUUACGCCUGCUCCGUAGUCGUGGACGGUGACUCCAAACACUGCGUCAUCUACAAGACAGUCACGGGGUAUGGAUUCGCCGAGCCCUACAAUCUGUAUUCGUCCCUCAAAGACCUGGUGCUUCACUACAAAAAUGUCUCCUUGGUCCAACACAACGACCAGCUGAAUGUAAAUCUAGCCUACCCAGUCCUGGCCCGCUCCCAGAAUCAGAACCAGCACCCCAGAUGAAUUAUUCACCAGCAGCAUAGGACACCAGCCAGAGUGGGAAAAUUAGACAUAUGCAUUGGGGGGGUAAAAAAAAAAAGAACUCUGGACAAUGCUUGUUCCUGUGGCAGGUAAAACAGACUCAAUUGCCAGGAUUUAAAAAAAAAAAAGAAAAAAUCAUGUAUUUUUGGCCAGAAGCUGAUGCUAAUUUCCCACAGAGUCCAGCAAAGAGCACUCCUUGCUAACAGCAUGGCUUCACAAUAAGCACACUACUACUGAUAACGAAGCACUGUACAGUUAGCCUGGCUGAUGCAGUCAGUUAAAAGCUGAUGAGAGUGGUGCAUUAGCCAGCCACACUGUCCAGUGUCGGUUAUGGAAAAAAGUGAGAAAUUCAUAGGAACAUUCAUUAUUCAGGAAAAAAGACUAAAAUACAUCAAAGGAAGGCACACACAAUGGGGUUUUGUUUUUUUUUUCUAAAUCUUUAAAAAGCGGAGAGACCAGAUGGUGGGAUGAUGGUAGAAAUUACAGGAGCCACAUUUGGUUUUUAGGGUUUGUUGGGGUUUUUUUGCCUUUAAUGCGAGAUAAAUGUCCACAGACAAAGGCCCGAUCUGUCAUUCCCAGACUGCCUGCAAACUCUCCAUAGACAAAAGCCUGAGCUGUCAUCCGAGGAAAUUACUGGCUUGCCUAAACCAGGCUGCUCGUUUCACACUUAAAGGUGGCUGAGAAAAACAAUGGGCUGGGAGUGUAGUCACUGGAGACUGAGGAGGGGAAGGGGGUGAAGAGGGUUGCUGUUUCAGGGUUUUUUUUUAAAAAAGAAAAAGAUUGAUUCAGUUAAAAGCUUGCUCAAGUGCCAUAGUAAUAGCUUUGAAUGACCACAAGCCUGUGUCACUAGAAUAAGGGGGCACGUCGAGGUUACAAACCGAAAGAGAAGGGGGGGGGGAGUAAACGGUUGUCGACAUAGACAAAGCUACAGCUUUAAACAAAAACAUACAUACACAUAGGUAUAUUUUUAUGAAAUGAUCUCUAUUUCCAACAGCUUUGGCUUGUUGCUCUCUUUCUCAGUGGGUGUCCUUUUGAUCUGACGAGGUACAACGUACAGUGAUUGCUGUAUAACAGGAUAAAAAUGCAUGGUACAUAUUUGGUGUAUUGUGAAUAUAGAAUUGUUUUUUAAUCACAGUACACUAGAUGGAGAGGUACAUUGAUAAAUGCAGUUCCACGUGAUUCAGGUUUCCUUUUAAAAUGGAAAUGGUGGAAAUACUCCUGCGUCUCUUCGUUUCAGACUUCCUUCUUCAUCCUCUGUAAUACUGUAGCACCUGUAGCCAUUGACUUAAGGCACUGUUAGUGCUCCUCCUAUGUGUCUUGUUUCUAUAUGCUAAAGACACUUGCAGAGCAUCGACCUAUGUGAUUAUUGUAUCUCGUGUACUGUAUUUACUUCAUCUCUAGUUAGAUUAGACUGUUUCCGUGGUACAGUGUCCUUGCAGAUGUUUAUUGUUUUGGAGUUUUUUUUGUUUGUUUGUUUUUUAUAUGCAAAUUUACUCACGGUACUUCUCCCUUGCGCUCGACUGUUCAUUUCAUCACAAGCUUGACUCACAGAGCUGUAGAACAUUUAUGUACAAAAAGAUAAAAGAAAGAAAGAAAGAAAGCAGUAAUAUAAAUCAUGUACAGUAUAUUUCAGACACACAUGCAGCCUGUGUAUGUGACUUUAUACGGUUCCUUCACGGAAGAUUUGCUAUGCUUUUAGAUUCUGUUUAAGGAUGCAAAUUAUCCAUCUUAAUGUGAGCCAAAUGAAGGAUGUCUUUUCAUGUAGCAAGAAUGAAAAAAGAAACAGUCCUUUUUGCCAUUUAGCAUGACCUUGGCGGUCUAAGAGAUUAUCUGGUAUGUUAUGCAUGGAGUCCUUCAUUUGGGUUGUUGUUUAUCUUUUGUUUGUUUGUUUUAACUUCGAUUAGUGGUUGAAAUUGUGCUUUUUGUAGUGAAUAUACAGUAUUCACUGGCAUGUGGUCUUACUAUGCACAACACGGUUGUAUGCAUAUAUGUUUUAGACUUGGGUUCAGUUCCCUCCCGGUGAUGUGGCGAUGAAUUUCUCCUAUUUGUUUCUCCGUGUUGGCUCGAGGUGUAGGUAGUACCGCCUCCGUUCAAUGUCACGUUCAAAGCACAGCGGCGUAGAUGCAGGGUUACUCAGUUAUAUUGAUGUUCUCAAUGAAAAUGUGGAGCUGAAAAGAGGCGUCAAAUGACGCUGCUUUUAAACUUGAUUCAUGUAGUUGGUGUUUUUUUUCCCGGAUGAACAAAUAUUAAUAUGAAUCUUUCACA